CAGAGACCAGACAAGACAGAGGGCAGGAGGUGUGGGACCAUGUGCGCUGUGUGCAGGUAAAUCAGCUGCAGGAAACUGAGCAAGGCAUGGCGUUACUGCCCCAACCUGCACAGGUCAGUGCCCUUGUCAGUGUUGGCCCAGAACAGCAAUGUAACUGCUAGACAGCAAGGACAUGAAGCCUGCCAGAGGGUGUUGCUGUGGCUGACACAGUCAGCGUGGACUGUGCUGCAUCUGCGUUUCACUGUGCUUUGUGCAGGAAGGUUGACACUGCUUGGGUAUGCUUGGCUUAUUUGGCUUGCACAUCACUGCUUGCCUGCCGCGGCUGUAACCAGAUUGGCUCUUCAACACCCAAAGACGUGCAUGCUGCCUGGUGUAGUUAUGUUCUCUGGUAUGUGUUUUUGGGGAAGGACCCGGUGGCAAAUGGCUGCAGAGAGCAGGGUGGCAGUGAACUUCUUAAAGAGGCUAUGAUGCCACACUUGUGUUUUUCCUGCUAGCUGUUAGCAGGCAGCGCUCAGAGUCAGGCGCUGCUGCCUGCCCCAGGGCCUGCACCCCCUCAACCCACAAGCAGAGCAUUCAGCGAGGGUCCCUCGGGGGUGUCCGAUCCCAGCUUCUGCCUCCCCUCCUGCUUGGAACCCCCAUGCUGCCUCCCCCUGCCCGUGCCCAGCACUCGGAACCAGCGACGCUGUGACAUCAGCACUGGGGCCAAGGGUACCGCGGGCAACGUGAGCACCGCGGGCACUACUGGUGGCGACGAGCCCUCGGUUCUUGCAGCUGCCACGUGCCGCUGGCAGCGAUGAAUUUGCUCCCCCUCCUCGUCCUGCUGGCCGUGUGCCGGCCUGUGCACGGCACGUGGGACAACUGUGGCGGGACCUGCGGGCUCCGGCCCAUGGCUUCUCACUACGGCAUGUCGCGCGUCGUGGGUGGCACAGAUGCCCAGCCAGGGGCCUGGCCCUGGAUCGUCAGCAUCCAGGAUCCCUGGAAAAUAGGCACGGGGCAUAUAUGCGGAGGGUCCCUCAUCAGCCCGCAGUGGGUCCUCACAGCAGCCCACUGCUUCAUUGAGGCCAGCUACGUCACGAUGUGGCGCGUGGUGAUCGGAGCCACCCAGCUGACUCAGCUGGGCCCCGAGGCCCAAGUGCGCAAUAUUAAGCGGCUGCUGGUUCACGAACGCUAUAGUAACAUCUCGGAGAGGAACGACAUUGCGUUGCUGGAAUUGGACCAGCCUGUCCAGUGCAGCUACUACAUACAGCUUGCCUGCGUGCCCGACGCCUCGCUGAGAGUGUCAGAGCUGACCACCUGCUACAUCAGUGGCUGGGGUUCCACGACCGCCAGAUCUGGAAGAUCAGCUGAUGUCCUGCAGGAGGCCAAGGUCCACCUCAUUGACGUCAACCUCUGUAACAGCACCCGGUGGUAUAGAGGGGCCAUCCACACCCACAACUUGUGCGCUGGCUAUCCGCAGGGUGGCAUCGACACCUGCCAGGGUGACAGCGGUGGCCCUCUCGUGUGCAAAGAUAGCAAUGCGGACUACUUCUGGCUUGUUGGAGUGACCAGCUGGGGGAAAGGCUGUGCAAGAGCAAAACGGCCCGGAGUCUACACCUCCACUCAGCACUUUUACGACUGGAUCCUGGUACAGAUGGGACUGCGCCCAGCAGUAAGGGCUACUCCAACAUCACGGGCAUGGAGUCAUUUUCUCACCUCCUCAACCCCCUUUCAGAGGCCAAAGCCAAUACCAACUCAAUCUGGCAGGUUUCCGCCCUGCCCAUUUCCACUCCAGAAGCUGGUGGAAUUCUUUACUCGGGUGCAGGAGCUCCUGCAGGUCCUAAGGGGAAAAAAGGCUUGAGCAGCAGGAUGAACAGGAUCCAGUGCAGGCUGCAGUGUACCACGACCUUUUCCUUGUGGAGCAAUGCCUGCUGAUCCAAAGGCAGCCGCAGCGUCAAAGGCCUGCUCUGUGCUGCCCACGCUCCUCUGAGUGCACACAAAUGCUGAAGUUGACUUAGUUCUUGAAAUAAAGUUGCCAAUUUUCACAGCUAA